GCACCUACACAUUUACACACUCUUCGUCUACACAUUUUAACUUUGUGCGUGCUAUAAAAGAAGGAAAUACAACCAUCCAUAAAAAAAACGAAAUUUCCCUCUCUGUAUUUAGUCGUUGAGAAUCAAAGUAAGCUUUCAUCAAUGGAGGAUGAAGGAGAGAUUUACGACGGAAUUAGGGCACAAUUUCCUCUUACAUUCGGCAAAAAAUCGAAACCUCAAACCUCACUUGAAGCUAUUCACAACACUACUCGUCGAUCCACUACUGAACAACAACAUCCAACAUCCACUGAAUCUUCAUUUCCUUCUCUCUCUUCCUCCUCCAAAGCGUGGCUUAAUUCCGUCCGCCCAAACCCUAACCCUAACCCUAACCCUAAACUCCGUGAACCUGAUGCAGAUGAUGAGCUGGUGGGCCCACCUUUACCGCCGCCUGCGGAGGAGGAGGAUGAUGGGCCAGUGAUUGGGCCGCCUCGUCCUCCAUUGGGCUCCGUUGCAGAUGAUGAUGAUGAUGAAAAAUCCAUUAUUGGGCCGCCUCGGCCUCCCGAGGGUUUCAGGGGAGGAUAUUUUGAUGAGGAGGAGGAUGAAGAAGAGGAGGAAGGGACUCGACAUCGGAUUCCUAUGAGCAAUGAGAUUGUUUUGAAGGGACAUAAUAAGGUUGUUUCUGCAUUAGCAGUUGAUCCCUCUGGAUCAAGAGUUCUUUCUGGUAGUUAUGAUUAUACUGUUAGAAUGUACGACUUUCAAGGCAUGAAACGGGACUUGGCUUCAUUCAGACAAUUUGAACCAUUUGAAGGGCACCAAGUUCGAGCACUGAGUUGGAGUCCCACAGCUGGAUUCUUUUUGUGUGUUACUGGCUCUGCUCAAGCUAAGAUUUAUGAUCGUGAUGGGCUUACUAUUGGCGAGUUUGUAAAGGGGGAUAUGUAUAUUCGUGAUCUAAAGAACACUAAGGGUCACAUAUCUGGUAUAACUUGUGGAGAGUGGCACCCAGAUAAAAAGGAGACGAUCUUAACAUCGUCUGAAGAUGGUUCACUUCGAAUAUGGGAUGUGAACGACUUCAAGUCUCAAAAGCAGGUUAUUAAGCCAAAGCUCGCAAGGCCUGGGAGAGUCCCAGUCACGACAUGUGCUUGGGAACGUGAUGGUAAAAGCAUUGCUGGUGGAUUGGGAGAUGGAUCUAUCCAGAUAUGGAACCUCAAGCCGGGAUGGGGAAGCAGGCCAGAUAUUCAUGUUCAAGGGGCACAUUCAGAUGAUAUUACUGGGUUGAAAUUUUCAACCGAUAGCCGUCAUCUACUUUCUAGAAGCUUUGAUGGCACACUAAAGGUUUGGGACUUGCGGCAAAUGAAGCAGUCCCUUAAGGUUUUCGAGGAAUUGCCAAAUCACUAUGCUCAAACAAAUAUCGCAUUUAGUCCAGAUGAGCAGCUCAUCUUGACUGGUACAUCUGUAGAGAGAGAUAGCCCAACGGGAGGGUUGCUAUGCUUUUAUGAUAGGGAAAAACUUGAAUUAGUAUCAAAGGUUGGCAUUUCCCCAACUGGCAGUGUUGUACAGUGUGCUUGGCACCCACGGCUAAAUCAGGUUUUUGCUACUGCUGGAGACAAAAGCCAAGGUGGGACGCACAUACUUUAUGAUCCAACCAUGAGUGAGAGAGGAGCUCUUGUGUGUGUUGCUCGGGCCCCUAGGACUAAGUCAGUGGAUGAUUUUGAGGUGCAGCCAGUUAUACACAACCCGCAUGCACUUCCCAUGUUCAGAGAUCAACCAAGCCGCAAACGCCAGAGACAGAAGAUACUGAAGGACCCAGUAAAAUCCCACAAACCAGAGCUCCCUAUGACAGGACCUGGCCAUGGAGGGAGAACUGGUACAUCUUCGGGUAGUUUAUUAACGCAAUAUCUCCUCAAGAAAGGAGGAAUGCUGAAAGAGACGUGGAUGGAUGAAGAUCCCAGAGAAGCUAUACUGAAGUAUGCUGAGGCUGCAGAGAAAGAUCCAAAGUUUAUUGCCCCAGCCUAUGCUGAGACCCAGCCCGAGCCCGUCUUUGCCGAUUCUGAUAAGGAAGAUGAAGAGUGAUGUACUAAUGUACCGGGGAUAUAUUUGUACCUUGUAUUAUCCGCCAAGUUAUGAGGCAACUUAUGAGUUGCUUACACAUGGCAAUAG